AAACAAGUAAUAUUAUUGUUCUUAUGGAACUGCGCAUUUAGAAAAUUGUCUUGAAACAGUAUUCGCAAUACAGUAAGCUAGUAAUACUAAUCCUAAAAAGAAUUGCUAUGACUACACGCAUGAACAGCUGAGCAAAUUUUGAUAGGGGCAGGUUUUUAUGUCAUAAAACAUUAAAAAAGAUUAGAAUGUCAAGCGGUCGUGGUAGGGGCUACACCGGUAGACAUCAUUUGAGGGAGACAAAGCCAGGAGAGGACCCAGAAGACAUGAAUGCUGCUAGGACUCUGGCAGAGUUGACUCCACGAUCAACAGCUAAAACCACGGUGGCAAUGAUUUCAGAGGUGAAGCCUGAUGAUGAAGUGGACACCUCUGGUGACGAAGAGGCCCUACAGGCGAUGCUGAAGGUUGAUGAACAGUUUGCACCUUUAUUAGUACUGCUCGAACAAUUUACGCCGGGCGAAGACGGUAUACAGUUUAACAGGAAGCUGAGACAUUUCGAGACGUCGGUCACGGAAUUGUGUCCGGACGAGGCGAGGUUACAGCAAGCAUUCGCGACAUUUCGCGCUGCGGCAUUACAAAGUUCAGUGACAAGCAGGAAGUUGGCCACUGUGGGGGCUGCCUUCACGAGACAACAAAGGCAGGGGAUGCUGAGGGCGUCCUUGCUGAAUAUUAUGCAGGCGACAUUCACAAAAUUGGAAGUGCUGGAACGCGCAAAUCCAUUAUACUUGAUCAACGCUGCGAAUCUGAUGGGAGAUUAUUUUGCGGAGGCUCGUCUUUGUAAUGGGAAGAAAGUCCACAUCUUGGCUGGUCCGUUGGUUCAAUAUAUGCGGUCUCUACUCGCGUCAGAUGACAUAAGGGCACAUCGGAGUCUUGCUACACAGCUCAUGCAGAAUGGCCGAGAACUACUCUCAAUACUAUCCCAAGAGUUAGAUGAAUUAUCAAUAUCCAUACGUCUCAGAUUAUUGACACCACCACCUAUAAGCAUCAUCUGGCUCCUUCUGUCGUCUGAUCUCUGCUUAAACAAAUUCCUACCAUUACCGAACACAUUGCAACAGUUCUAUGCUUCUCACUUGGACCUGACAAGUGAUGAUAACUUCUCCGAGGUGUCAUAUGGCUCCUGGAAGAAGGAAAAUAUAAAUUUGAGCAUCGAAGAUGAUACUAAACCCAAAUUGAGACCGAUCUUGGGGGCCGGAGCCGGUCUACUGAGACAGGAGCAUACGGAUCCUAGCAGCGAUGUUGAUUGGAAGCCAAGUUUAACUAAGCGAUACGAUUUGAACUCAUGGAGACAGGAGGAAAAGGAGCCAACUUUUAACCCCAAUGUGCCACCACCAAACUAUCAAGAGUUCCCGGUUUAUCCAGAAAACUAUUAUUUGCAACAAGGAGACGGGACAUACAUACAAAAUAUGAGUGUUAAUGUGCAAACAGAGAAAGUUAAUAAUGAAGUGCAGAAGUCCGUUGAUAAUUAUGACCCUAAAUUUAAUGAAAAACGCUUCGACGAGACCAACUUUAAUGAUAAGAGACAUGACGAUAUGAGAUAUGAAGAGACUAACUUUAAUGAUAAACGCAGUGAUGAUUCGAAAUUUAAUGAUAAAAGGAGUGACGAUAGGAAGUUUGAUGAACGGUCCAAGAAUGGAUCCAGACAAAGAUUAAAUAGGAGAAAUAGUGGUGAGAUGGAGAAAAAGAGGCAUGUUAGUGAUGUGCCGCGGAAUCAUAAAUAUUGGGACCAUGAUGAUCGCUGUGAUAAAGACUAUAACAGUUAGUGAAAUAGUGAUGUUAUGUUUAGUGACGCAAAAUUUCAGUGUAAUUAGGGAUGUUGUGCGCGUGCGGAGCUGGUCCCCUUUGGCCCACGGUGGGGCAGCCCCAGAAGAAAAUCUUAUGUAUGUAUUCCAUUUAUAUUAAGUUUCCGGCAAAAUGUGUUGCUCAAAUAUUUUCAUAUAGACAUUUUAAUUUUUGGGACGUCCGACAUUAAUAAUUUCAGCUUAGUGAAAAUUAAUUGUAUGAUUUCAUUGAUCUUGGCAAUCAAAUCAUUUAUUUCAAUUGGGCCUAUUUAAAAGUCAAAAUUAUAAGUUUAAAAUGGCUCUAGUUGCCCCUUCCAAAAGGUAAUUUCGUGUGGAGAAUAAUGGGCAAGAAUGUGUUGAGUACACUUACUCUUUUAAUGUUUGUGUUCCCAAAAUGUUCUAAGUACUGGUGCAUAUAAAAUUAAGUGUAUCGAUGUUUUAAUUCACAAAAUCUUUUUAUUAUCACUUAAGUGUUAGGGUUGUGUUGUACUUUAUGGCCCGUAUUCCAAAGCUAAUUUUAGCUUGAGCAAUGUCAAAUUAAUAAUAGAAAAAAAAUUCGGGAACUCUAAUGGUUUAAUUUUCAGUGGAAUGCGGGCAUAAGAUCUCAAAUCAUUUGGUUCAUUUCAAGUUUUGCUCAUAAUUAAAUUUAUUUCCAAUAGUUCAAAUUAAAUUUAGUGACAUAAAUUUAGUUGUUUUUAGAUAUGGGUUUGUGCUAACUCAUUCCAACAGUUGAAAUUUGGUUUAUAAGUGUACAAUAUUAGCCUUAUCUUAUAUAAUAGAAAAAUAAUAUAAUUGUUAAGUGACUUGCUAUGUGCGCCACUUGGAAUUAAUUGUCAACUGAGAAGUGGGUUGGCUUUUGCGCUGUCUACCCAUAUCUUAUGGUAGUGGUGCUGAUUUUUUUAUAUGAAAUACUCCAUUCAGGUAAAAUUCACAUUUUUGUGUUAUUUUCACAAAUCUAAAAUAGGUUAUAAAAAAGCAUUAUAAAAAUAUUAAUUUUAAUCAGACUUUAAAAAUUGAGGCAUCAAAUUGAGUAAGGUAGUCUAAUUAAACACCAUUCCAAAGAUUAUAGUCAAAUAUUAUAAUUGAAUGUUUUAUGCUUCCGAGAAUUUUUUUGUUAAAUUAACCGCUAAAUAUCGUAAGGUGUAACAAAUCAAGUAUAUUUCAAUACAUUUUGAGUUUUUCUUAGCAACUGUUGUUACAUAAAGAUGUAUAUGAAAAUUUGCACCACUGUCGACGUAUAGUUUAAUUUUAACUUAGUCACAAAUAUAAUAACUUAAACUUUAAUACAUAUUUAACAUUUUGUCAUUUUAAAUUAUAAGAUUAUGAAUGGAUUUGUAAUUAAAUUAACUUCACUAAAUUUAAGGUUUGCUGACUUUACUUAUAAUCAUUAAAUGAAGUCUACAUAAUGUUAUUAAUUUGUGCAACAAAUUUAUUCUAAAGAACAAUCUGUUUUGGUUAAAAAUUAAAAUGUCAAAUGCAAUUAAAAGGAAGUCUUGAUUGAUGCAUCUGAGCCCCACGCUACUCUGUAAAUUCAAAUUAGGCUCAAGCAAUGCGAAAGCUAAAGCAUAUCAAUUUUUAAAAGGCCGGUAACGCACUUAAAAGCCCUCUGGCACUGUAAGUGUCUAUAUCAGCAAAAAAGUAAAAAUCAUUUGGAAAAAAUGGCUUUGGCACAAAUUAAUGAUGACUUUUAUCAAAUUGCAAACUAAAAUCAAAACGAACAUGCUCGUACCUGUAAAGCACAAUUUCACUUUAAAUGCUAGAUUAGUUAGAUUAAUCUAAAAUGUAGCUUUAACUGAACCAGACGUUUUUGUACCAAGUUCCUCUGAACAUCUGCAACCUUUGGCAGCGGCAUUUAUACUGAAUCUUUCGUAAGGCGAAACGAAUCGAACAUCUCUAAAUUUUUUUGGGUUUAAAUUCCUCGAAGACAAGAUGUUGUCAGUCAUUUAAUUAGUUGAUCUGGGAUUACUCUGAAUGGUUGACACGAUUUUUAUAUAUUAAAGAAUUCUGGUAAUUAAAGCCCACGAUUUAUCGGUAAAAACACUUAAAGUUAAUGUGGGAGCUGUUUAAUCAAUGGGCAAUGGGCAUAGUACAUAUUUGUAAUGUAUGAAAAAUCUUAUAUAUGUUUCCAUAGAAAAACUUCCUUGUGUUAUGAAAAUUAAUGUAAAAGAAAUUGCAAACGAUGCGUUGAAUGACCUUUACAAUUCGACAAUGACAUUUGACAUCUGUCAGGUGAAGACUGUCUAUUUACCUACCAGCGAAUAAAAAAUAAUAGUUUGCAAAUGUUAUAUGACAGUUGACAUCUGAAAUUUGAGUUUAUAUUUAAAAAAAUUAAGUUUUGUGCUAAGUGUUCAUACAAAUCACGGGGGUAUGCGUUUCGAACCUUGUCAAACUCACGCUGGUUUAAUUAAGCUAAUGUUAAUUUUAUCGGAUUAAAACUUAUGGAUAGGACUUAGGAUAUAAUAUAUGAUUUAUUAGUUUAAAUUACUGCUGGCUCAGUGGUUAGGAUUUUAGGAAUAACUGUUGGAUUAGGCAGAAGGCCCUACGAGAAUGAUUUAAAGAAAGUCCUAUACCCUGAGUGGGGUAUGUUAUUAGAAAUAAUAAUAUACCCCACAGCUAUAAUAUUAUUUUAAAAAUGCUGAAUUUUUAGUUGUGUAUCAUCGACAUGGAUUUCCGUCGACAUGACAUUUUUGUCGAUUGACAUGGUUAAUAUUAAUGUAUAUGUCGAUUAUUGUGUUUUUUGUCGAUGGUGCGUUAGUAGCGAUCGACUUUGACACACUUUUAGCAUAAUUUUCGUUUUGAUCCGAUAAAAUUUGCAGAGUUCCUUUCGUUUCCUCUUAGUAUUGUGCCUUGAGGUGUUUUAUCUGGUGAAUAAACAAUCAUAAGCGUAUAAUAAUAUAUUAUAAGUUAUUUUUAACUAAAAUUAAUCUGAUUGAAGUAUGGAGGUGUAGAGUAAAAUAUAUAGUGGGCGCUGCUUCUUCAUCUGAGGCAAGUAAAAUUAUGUUUAAUGUUUAGUUGAAACAGCAAUUUUUUUCAACAUACGGCUUAUGACAGUAGAAUUUUAUUGUAAAAUUAAAACUACAACAUAAUCGUUACCUAUAAUGAUUUUUGUUUCUGGUGGCAAUGAGGAAUAUUUGAUAGAGCCUGUUUAGUAAUUUUAUGUAAAAACAAUAAUUUAUUCACAAUAACAUAGACAAUUUUAAGAUACUUUUUUUUACUUAAUGGGCAAGGUAAGGUUGGAGUUUUGUCUCCGAAUUACAUCCUAAAUCCUUAAUGACGUCAUUUCCUGUGAAAUCUUUGUACGAACUAUGUUUUGCAGCUUUUUUGAUAGCUUGAACUAUCAAGCUUUGACAUACGAAUAGUUGACGUGAAGUUGAAGGAUGACAGGUGAACCUUGAUGUAACUUUGUAAUCUAAAUGUAUCUUUAGGAUUUUAGUUGAUAUGCCGUGGGCGUAAUGCCCUGAUUUAGUUUAAUUUUGGAAAUUAUGUCAAUAAAAGAGUUAAUUUCGUA